AUGGCCAAAUGCAGCAAGAUCCGCGACAUCGUCUGGCUCAGGCAGACGCUGCGGCAGUGGCGGUCACGCGCCGCGGCCCGAGCGGCGGCGGUGGUGCCGGCGGGCCACGUGGCCGUGUGCGUGGGCGGCGCGUCGCGGCGGUUCGUGGUGCGGGCGACGGACCUGAACCACCCCGUGUUCCGGGAGCUGCUGAGGCAGGCGGAGGAGGAGUUUGGCUUCCCGUCGUCACCAGGUCCCGUCGCGCUUCCAUGCUGCGACGAGGACCGCUUCCUGGACGUACUCCGACGCGUCUCCUCCGACGACGAACGCUUCAUCCGCCGUUCGUUGGGCUGCCGCGUGCCCCGCGACGCCGCCGCGCGGCCGUUGCUCCAGGGGAAACUCGUAUGGUGA